CUAUCAUCUGGUCUCUCCGCCGACCGCAUCAAUUCCUCCACAGCCCAGCUUUCGUUUCCUGCGCUUUGCUUUCGGUCGUUGCGUUGCGUUUUAUUCUUCUUCCCUCCCCCCCCCAAUUCCCUCCUCAAUCAUACAUCACAAUGCAGCUGUGGCACUCUCUCCUUCAGCUGUCCGUGCUGGCUUCGACCGCCCUGCCGACCGCUGUAGCUGCUUCCGCGUGGGGAUUCACUGAUGCCACCGUGUCAGUUCACACCAAAGGCGCUGGCGUCGGCGCUGGAUUCAAGGAAGCAAUUCCCGACAACAAAGCUCUCUCCAAGCCGGUCUCCCUCGGAUCUGCCGACACCUUGAAGGUGACUUUGACAGCCCAGGAAGGCCGCUCCGCCAAACGCGCGCACCAGGUUUUCCUCUUUCUCGAGGACCCUGAGACCGGAUUGGAUAUCUCCUACCCCUUCAGCGUGAAGGAUAAUGGCAAAUCCAGAAUUGAGCUGACCCAGAAGGACUUGCCCGUUCAAUUCCUUUCCGUCUCCGAGCCCCUUGAUGCGCGAGUCCUGAUCGGAUCCUUUGGCGAGGCCGACGCCUACAACGGAGCUGCAUUCAAGCUGACGGUGGCCCGGAACCCCGACGAGCCUGUGCCCACCGUCGAGUCGUCGCGCUACGGAAAGCUUCCGGAGAUCCAUCACAUCUUCAAGACCGAUGCUCAGAGUCCUCCCUUGGUCAUCACCUUGGUCUUCCUCGCUCUGGUGCUUGCUGCCCUUCCGGUUCUGGGCGGAGUGUGGCUGGUCCUCGGCGUCAACUUGAACCACCUCCCUACUGCUUUCAAGUCGGCACCCCUUCCCCACGCAGUCUUCCUCGGCUCCCUCUUUGCCAUCCAGGGCAUCUUCUUCUUGUACUAUACCUCCUGGAACCUCUUUCAGAUCCUUCCUGCUGUCGCGGUGGCUGGUACCGUCGCAUUCGUCAGCGGCAGCCGUGCUCUCGGUGAGGUCCAGGGCAGACGGCUUGCCGGCCUGCGGUAAAUUACUCAGUGGUGCAGGUCGAGAGUCUGGGUGUGGCAUUAUCGGUUGUGGGGUGUAUCCGACGUCAUCUAGCUCGUGGUCGGAUGACUACUAGUUGUAUCAGUGUAGAAGAAAGUGUACAUUCCAGCUAUCAAAAUCCCGCAGGACAACACCAACCUCAUAGCCGUUAGCAGUACCCCAUAUCUCAGUUCACAUAUAAAAACAUCGG